GAGAUGCAUUCGCAGCCUGCUUUAGAGAGAGAAAGAGAGAGAGAGAGAGACGGUGUGGUGUGGAUAGAAAAGAUUGCCUCUCACUCAGACACUCCUCAAUCUCACUCUACUUUCUCUCAUGCUUUCUUUCAUGGCCUCAAAUUUCCAAACAUAACCCCUUUCUUCCCCUUCUCCCCAAAUCCCUUCCCCAAAAUCGACCCAUUCAUUGAUUCGAUCAUCACUCAACAGCUCGCAGUCAGACACAAAUCCAGUGAGUGUGCUAUGAGGGAUCCAUUCCAACAACAAAUCAACAAAACCUGAAACCAAAAUCCGACAUGAUGAAUUUUGCAGCUCCACUCCACGGUUCCUCCUCUCCUCUCCUCUUCUCCUCUUCCAGAAAUCCGUCCCCCAAGAGGAAGAAGAAGCCCAGACUCGCCAUUGCUUGCUCCAAUCCAGACAACAACAACAACAAAAUAAAAAACAGCACCGCGCGUUGUAAGAGGAGGAGGGCGAUUGUCUUAUUAGGGCUCGCCGCAAUCCCCAUCCUCAAUUUUAGGGCUGAAGCAUUCCAAGACAGCAUUGAGACUGCUCGGGACAAACAAGCCGAGGAAAAUCCAUUUUUGAUUGUCCUGAGUGGAGUUGGGAUUCUGGGGUCAGGUGUUCUUGGAGCUCUCUAUGCAUCAUUGAACAAGGAAAAGGCCAUUUCAGAUGCUACCAUAGAAUCUAUGAGUGUUGAACUAAGCGAUAAAAAAGCCACAAUUGCUGAAAUCAAAGAGAAGUUCCAGUCGGAGAUGUCGAAUGAAAAAGAGAAGACGAAUAAGGCGCUUGCGAAAAUGAACGAGGAGAAGCAGUCUUUACAGAACCGUUUGGAAAGCGCGGAUCGCACUGUGACGAGCCUCGGAAAAGAGUUGCAAAAACAGAAUCGAACAGUGCAAGAAUUAACGACCCAUGUUGAAUCUCUUCAGGGCAGUCUCCGGGAGGCUGGCGACGAGAGAGACGAGCUCCGGAAACAGUUGGAGGAGAAGAUCGAUUUGGUAGCAGCUUUAGAACAACGGAUAAAUUCACUUUCGGAAAAUGUCGAAACCAAGGAAAAAAGUCUGCAAAAUGUAACUUCCGAGCUUGCGAAGAAAGAAAAUGAAAUGACCAAAACGACCUCCGCCUACGAGCAAGCCAAGCGACGACUAAAAGAUCUGAAUUCCGAGAUUGAACAGCUGAAAAACGAGCUUUCGGAGAAGGAAAAGGAGAUCGAAUCGAAUAAUGCAAUGCUGAAAAGCGUCGAAGAGGAGUUGGCGUCUUCGGUGGCUGAGAAGAACGAAUUGGACGAAAAGUUCGACGCCGUUGCGAAGGAAUACGAUCGAUAUAAGGCAUCUGCGGAAAUAAAGGCAGCUUCGGAUUCCGAGCGGUUGGGCGAACAGGAAAAUCGACUUAAAGAACUCGGCGAACGGCUCGAAGUUGCGUUAGAAGAUGCGAACGACAAGAGCGCUACGAUUUCGAAUUUGAGUCGCGAGAAGGAUGAACUCGUGGAGAUGCUGACGGUCGAGUCGAAAAAGUCGAAGAGUCUCGAGGACGAGCUCGGGGCUGCGCGGGAAAGUUUGAAGGAGACAAGGGGCAAAGUUUCGGAGUUGAGUAAGGAGCUGCAAGAGUCGAAAGACUCGUGCUCGGGUCUUCAAGCAGAGAUCGUCAAGAUUCGGGGCGAGUUCGAGGAGAGUACCAAUUUACUAAAACGAGAUCUCGAGGCAGCGCAGCGGGACAGGGAGAGCCUAGCAGAAGAGUUACGAGCAGUCGAGGAGCGAUUGCGGGCGUCGGAAGAGCAGGUGGAGGUAAAAUCCCGAGAACUAGCGGUGACAGCGGCGGAGCGCGACGAUUUAGAGAAAGCGCUCACCGACGCGCUUGCAAAAGCUGAAAACGCCGCUUGGGAGGUUAAGGAAGAGAAGAAUACCGUGUCGUUGUUGAAUAAAGAGUUGAAGGUUCUGAACGAUCACCUCUCAGAAGAGAAGGAACUACGAGAAAGUCUCGAAACGGAGCUGGCGACAGCGACGGAAUCGCUUUCGGAGAUGAGCAAGAUCGCCGCGGCACGGGAGAGGGAUUUGGAGCUCGUCAACACUCGAAUCUCGAGCCUCGAAGACGAGAAUGCGAUACUCAGACAGAGCCUCGACGAGCAGAAGCAGUUAUCACAGGCGGCUCGGGAGAACCUCGAAGACACGCAGAAUGUAAUGACAAGGCUUGGGAAGGAAAAGGAGAGCUUGAAAAGCCGGGAGAAGAAGCUCCAAGAGGACUUGGCGUCGGCCAAGGGCGAAAUUCUGCGGCUGAGGAGUCAAACGAAUGCGACGAGAGCUCCAGUGAAUGAUAAGAAAGUCGAAGCCGGAAGCAAACCUGCAGUUUCGACAAAGAGAGUUAGUCGGAAGAAAAGCACUACUACAACACCGGCGAAACAGGAGGAUUCGUAGGCUACGACGUGUUUACGGCUGUCGGAUCAAUCGAUGUAUGAGUUAAUGAUAAAUACUUAUUGUAGAAUCUUGCUAUUGUAGAAUAUUUCGAACUAUUCUAGAGGAAGUAAUUUUUUACGACACAA